AUGCAUUUUAGAAUACGAGCCGCUACAAAGGAGGACUGCAAAGACAUAUCGAGGAUGAUCAUGGAGCUGGCCGUUUAUGAAAAGAUGCCCGACCAGGUGAAGAUAUCCCAUGAAGAACUGGAGCGUGAUGGUUUCUCCCAGAAUCCCUUCUUUGAAUGCCUUGUUGCAGAAGUUCCAGAGGAGCACAAAUCAGAAGGAGGAUUUACGGUGGUUGGCUAUGCCCUUUAUUUUUACACCUACAGCACCUGGAAGGGCCCAUCAGUUUAUUUGGAAGACCUCUACGUGAUGCCAGAAUACAGAGGAAAUGGAAUUGGCAAAGGUUUACUGUGCAAGGUUGCAGAGGUGGGGAAAAAGAAGCAGUGCGUACGGCUGCAGCUGUCUGUGCUGAACUGGAAUACUCCCUCUCGAGACUUCUAUGCUGCUAAAGGAGCUCAGGACCUCACGGUCAGCGAAGGCUGGCACUUCAUUCGCUUUGAGGGCCAAAGCCUGGAUGAUUUAGCAAAUGAAGCACCUAAAGAUUAG